AUGUUUCCGUGCCUUGAGAAGGUCUAUUAGAUGGUUCUGUAAACUCAACUCUAAUUUCUCGAUAAUGAUGAAAUACUUUAAAUUAAAUUACAAGAUUCAUAUCGAUUGAUCUUGAAGAAAGAUUUCUUGCAUAUUUAUAAUAAGGAAGAACCCUUUAUUUCUCUUUUGAUUUGUUUUCCAAACUUAGUACAAUGGUACGUUGUGAAAGACCUAUUGAUUGGGUUUUCAAUAAAUGGAUACGAAUUUACGAGUCAUCAAGGCAAUUUGCUGAAGAAACUAAAAAGUCUCUUAGCGGGGAGAAUGCUGUUCUCCAAAGUUCAAGACUUUUUCUAUCCUUAGAAGAUAUUGGGGAGCGGAAGUUCUUCGAAAGUGAUGGGUGUGACAGAGAAGGAAAGUGGACAAGAAUAUGCUGCAAAAUGUGUGAAGAAGGAAGAUAUGAGUUUUUAGGAAAUUGAAAUUAAUAAUCAAUUGUAGCACCCUACUUUUGUUAAGGUCAAGGAAGUGUAUCAAGGAGAGACCAGUUUUUACAUUGUGAUGGAUCUAUUGAAGGGCAAAACUUUAUAAUUGUAUCUUGGGUAUCAUAAGCCUUUCCAAUUGGAGUAGACUAAACAAAUUAUGCAUGCCUUAUUGGAGGGUAUAGAAUUCAUGCACUCAAAAAACAUUAUGCAUAGAGAUAUUAAACCUGAAAAUAUCAUUCUGGAGGUAAAAGGAGGGUAGGUUAGGUUGAAAAUAGUAGAUUUAGGUUUGGCUACUUAUAGUACACUGAUAGAGAAGUUCAAAAAUCCCAAAUGCGGCACUAUUGGAUUUGUGGCUCCAGAAAUCAUUAACUUAUAAAAUCCUAAUGGGACUUAUGAUAAGGCUUGCGACAUCUUCAGUUGUGGAGUGAUCUUUUACAGAUUGCUCACAGGCAGGGAUGUCUUUCCAGGAUCUUAAUUUUCCUAUGUUUUUGAGCUCAAUAAGAAAUGCAAUAUUGAUUUCACGUAUCUAACUCUGCAAUAACUGCCUUAUGCAUUUGUUUUAUUGAGGAAUCUUGUUUAAAGAAUGUUAUCAAGAGAUCCUAAGUUGAGACCUACAGCUAUUUAGUGUUUGAAUCAUGAAUUCUUUAAGAACAUACAAAAAUACAGUGUCAUCCAAAAAAAGCAAGGGUUUCUGUAGUCCAAAUAGCACACUGUUGAAUUCAGUAAGGAUCAGGAAAUUUAGGAGUAUUAAGGAUCGUUUGUGACUACAGAGAGGAUGCAGUAUUCAAGCUAACCCAGAUAAAAACAAAAGAGUAUAAAAAAAUUGAAUACAUCGUAAUUUGAUCACAUAAUUUGA